CUAAUUAUAGAUCCUGCUGUGAGCUGGCUGAGGCAGAAGUGCUACUGGGGUUUUCAACACAGCCGGAUAUUUACAACACAAAUACGGAUUCCUCUGUGGCGGUGCCGGUGUUGAACACGGCCUUGUUUCCCAUGGACCUCAGGGUGGGAGAGCGGGGGAUGCGCCCUUGCUCGGACACGGCACUCCUCACCCCGCUGCACCCGCCUCUGCUCCUCACUCCGUUCUCCCCUCAGCCCCGCACCUCCUUCUCCCAGCAGCAGUUACACCAGCAUAUCCGGUUUAACAUGGAGCAGAGGAGGCGCGAGCAGGAGCACCACGAGAAACAGGAGCUGCAGCAACUAAAACACAAAGAAAAGAGUCAACAGAGUGCAGUAGCCAGCUCUCUGGUGAAACAGAAACUCCAGGAGGUGAUUCUUAAGAAGCAGAAACAAGCAGCACUGGAAAGAACAAACUCCAACACUCUGACUGCAACACCUGUAGCAUACAGAAAUCUGGUGCCAGACCCGAGUUUAUCCUCCCAGCCUCUCGUCACGUCUCCAUCACAUCCUUCUUCUUCUGAAGGCUCUGAAGGGACACCGCUACGCAGAGCUGCCUCUGAGCCAAAUCUGAAGGUGAAACACAAGCUGAAGAAACACCUGAACACCAGAAAGAGCCCCCUGACCCGGAAGGAGAGUGCCCCGCCUACUAUCAAACACAGAGUACCUGACACAUUGGACUCGUCCCCCAGCAGCAGCAGCACUCCGGUCUCUGGCUGCAGCUCUCCUAAUGACAGUCUGCCCAAUGAUAAUGGGCUGCUGCCAUCUGCAGGUGGCCUCUCACAUGAGGCCCAGAAGCUGCUGCUCCGAGACGGCACUCUCGCAAACUUCACCAUCCAGAGUCCUUCAACUCUGCCUACCAUCACACUGGGACUUCCAGCCAACGCCAGGGCUGAAGGAGAGCUCUCCUCUCUGAAGAUGGGCCGGCUGCCCAUGGUUACAGCCGGAGGCACGCAGGUCUUCCUCCCUCUGAGCAGGAAGGAUCAGACUGGGCAGCUGAACCCUCAUCUGCCUGUCAUCAUCCUGGAGUCCUCUGGACUCGUACACACUCCUCUGCUCACAGUUCCAGGCCUAGACUCCGUCCCGCUCCAGUUUUCCCCCCAGCUGGACCACCUGACCCCAGGAGGCCCUCAGCACCACAAGCCCCUGAGCAGAACACGCUCAGAGCCCCUCCCACAGAGCCCAGGGGCCCUUCACACACAUCUCCUCCAACAGCAGCACAACACACAACUACUGGAGAGGCUCAAACAGCAAACUCACCUGGGCAAGCUGAUGUCCAAGUCCAGCGAGAAGCCCAGACUGCAUCAGAUCCCCUCAGAGGACAUGGACUCAGAAGAUGGUGGUGCAUCAUCACCCACAGAGCCAACCUAUCAGAGCAGAGCAAGGGCAGAGUCAUUGAGGGAGGCAGGGCCAACAGCAUCCAAGAGCCAUGAGGACCAAAUUAACCUGCAACAUGCACUCAUACUCAACCAGUCUUUGCUAUGGGAGCAGCAGAAGCAGCUGCAACAGCUGCAUCGACAAAUGGAGACCCUAUCAGUGCCCAUGUUACGCGUGGGUGGCAGCGGUGGGGUUUGCAGUGGAUUGGGUGUCCAUCGUCCCCUGUCACGCACACAGUCCUCCCCGGCUUCCACUUCUCUCACUCUGCCUGAGAAACCUCUGAUCCUGGCUGCACAGGAUCCCAGCAGCAAACCACGCUUCACCACUGGCCUGGUGUAUGACUCUCAGAUGUUGAAGCACCAGUGUACAUGUGGAGACAACAGCAGUCACCCGGAGCAUGCUGGGAGGAUACAGAGCAUCUGGUCCCGACUACAGGAGCGGGGCCUGAGGGGACAGUGUGAGAGUAUUCGUGGGCGUAAAGCCACUCUGGAGGAGCUGCAGUCCGUCCACUCAGAGCGCCAUGUUUUACUCUACGGCACCAACCCGCUCAACAGACUCAAACUGGACAACCGCAAACUGGCAGGAAUCCUCUCACAAAGGAUGUUCGUGAUGUUACCAUGCGGGGGUGUAGGGGUUGAUAAUGACACCACCUGGAAUGAGUCGCACACCUCCACAGCAUCACGCAUGGCAGCAGGCAGCGUUGUCGAGCUGGCCUUCAGAGUUGCCAAACGAGAGCUAAAGAAUGGCUUUGCUGUAGUCAGACCACCAGGGCAUCACGCAGACCCCUCCAAUGCAAUGGGUUUCUGUUACUUCAACUCUGUGGCCAUCGCCGCCAAGCAGCUCCAACACAAGCUCAGCGUCAGCAAGGUCCUCAUUGUUGACUGGGAUGUUCAUCAUGGUAACGGCACCCAGGAAGUGUUCUACAGUGACUCCAGUGUUCUCUACAUCUCACUUCAUCGCUAUGAUGACGGAAACUUCUUCCCUGGCAGCGGCUCACCAGCUGAGGUUGGUUCUGGAGCAGGCCAAGGCUUCAAUGUGAAUGUGGCGUGGACGGGAGGACUGGACCCACCCAUGGGAGAUGCAGAGUACAUCGCUGCAUUCAGGUCAGUGGUAAUGCCCAUCGCUCAGGAGUUCUCUCCGGAUGUCGUUCUGGUGUCAGCUGGGUUCGAUGCCGCUGAAGGGAACCCUGCUCCUCUGGGAGGGUACAAGGUCUCCGCCAAAUGUUUUGGCUUCCUGACCCGUCAGCUGAUGUCUCUGGCAGGGGGUCGUCUGGUUUUGGCCCUUGAGGGAGGUCAUGACCUCACAGCGAUCUGUGAUGCGUCUGAAGCCUGUGUCAGCGCACUCCUUGGCAUACAGGACCCACUGGCAGAGGAAAUCCUCCUCCAGAAGCCCAACGCUAACGCAGUCCGCUCCCUGCAGACCGUCAUACAGAUACAGAGUCAGUACUGGCAGAGUGUGAAGGCUUUCGGUGGAUCAGUGGGUCUGUCGUACCUCGCUGCUCAGAGGAGAGACUGUGAGGAGACGGAUGCUGUCAAUGCUUUGGCUUCCCUGUCUGUGGGAGUGCUGUCCAACAAGAGCCCGUCUGACGAGCCAAUGGAGGACGACAGCGACUCCAUGUAGACGACCAAAGUGACCAAUGACCUCACACGUUCAGGAUUUUCGUCCGACCUGUAGCCUUGGAUCUCCUGCGCUGUCCUGACGACCACAUAGGGGACAUUUUUGUGAUACCACUGAGCCCCACCAAUCUGCCUUAUUCACACACAUCAGACACACAAUGCUGAACCUCAACAGACCUGCAGCACGAGCACCUCAAUGCUGGUGACCACUCAGCUGAAGCCAGCAGCACUACCUGCAACUGGGAAACCUUCAGAAACCUCACCAAAGAGAGCAGUACAAGAUGAUUUUUAAAACUUUUUAAUUCUUCCUGACUGACAUUGGAUUUUAUUUGUAAAAAAAAAUCAAGUACCAAACCUUUGAGCUACAGACAGAAUUCCUUGAAGCACUAUUUACCAGCAGCUGUUUCGUUGCCUUAACUUUGCCUUAACGGAAGAACCGGCAUCAGGUUCAGAAGGAGGAGACUUUGGUUUAUAAAUUCCCAUCUCUUCUUCUAUUUGCAUCUUUAAAAGCAGACUAAGUGGGAUGCAAAAUGGCACACAAAGACACAUAUAUAACAUCAGGUGAAAGCAUGUACAAUACACCUGAUGGACCAGGUGCAAAAAAUACAAAGAAGAAGAAGCAGACAUAUUUUCUGCUUUAAUGACGUCAUCACUCACAGUUUAACCACUAAAAGAUGACGACAGAGAACUCAUGGGACGAACGAGAGAGGAGGACACAAAAUGGACAAACUGUGGUUUUGUAGAAAUGGAGAAAGAGGCAAAUGUCCUCAUUGUUUUAUUGCACUGUUCAUUCCAUAAUGUGAACUAUGACAGAUUCCAAAGCUCUGGGAAAGAAUAACUCUGCAGGUUAUUUAAUAGUUUUGGAUGAAAUGAUGUUUUUCUUUUAUUCCCACUCUUCAUCUGAGAUGUCUUAUGAAGUCUUCGACUCAACUCAAAGGCCGAGAUACUGUAGAGUUGUUUUCAUAUGAAGUUAAUCUGUAGGCAACAUGUUGAAAGCAGGAUUAUUGUCUCUGCUGUUCAGUGUCUUAAACACAUUUAUACUUGCACACACACACACACACACACACACACACACACACACACACACACACACACACACACACAAACACACACAUGUAUAAAGCAAUGAUGAACUGUUUAUGUACCACUAGUAUUGAUUACUGUAUAUUCUUGUUUAUAUUUGAGACUAAAGGAGUGUUCAUUCCGCCGCAGCACCACUGAGGACCAUUGUAUUGUUCUAUAGUAGCAAUAAUGUAAUGCACUUAACGACAGCACCCAAAGACAAUGCCUUAAAACAGCCUGCACUCCUCGAAGAGACUGUACAGAGGCAACUCCAGGGACCAGUGUGAACACAGAGUGAACACUGCUCCCACAGUGACUCUAAAGAACCUGUGGAUUCUGACUUUUGUAAACUGUUUCAGUACAAAGACCCGGCCUGGUUUGAAUGUUCUCUCUGUUAUCUAAUUAAGACUUUCAGGCCUUAUCACAGUCUAAUUAAGGAAAGUGACAUGUAGUAAAGUGAACUUUAAACUCUUCUCGCAGCUCCUCCUGUCAUGUUACAGUCAACCUGGACGAUGUCAUAACACACGUGGUAGUAUGUCAUCUGAGCUGACAGAUGUUUAGGGAUGCACAAUACUGGACUUCUGUGAGACACAAUAUACUCCAACAUAUAUUUCACAAACAUUUGACUCACUGCAGAUGUAAGUGGAAAUUUUUUACUCUACUUGCAACAAACAUCAAGUCUUUUCUGUAGUUGAAUAAACAAAGUCUGGUGUUUUUGAUGCAGACAGAAUAAACAGGACUUCUCAAAAUGGUCAAACAAGAAAAAGUCAGCUUCGGUUACCUGCAGACAUUUAAAGCAAACAUGUUCAGUAAGGUUUUUUUAAAGCAGCCUACUCAAUUUCUAUUUAAUAACUUGCAAUGCAGGAGCGUCAUCAUAGGGUCAUCUUACCUCCCUGUAAGAAAUAUGACACCAUCAAUCCUGAUGAUAUCGUGCAUUGCUAGUUUUUAGUAGAGGUUUGGUAAUUCAUUAACUUUAAUGAUUGCCCUUCUAUGACUCCAUUAGUAGAAAUAACAAGAUCUUGUUUCUUAUUUUGAGGUUCUUUUGUAGCAAAAUUAAGAUGAUAGCAAAGAAUUUUUUUUGCACAGUAAAUCUCUUGUGAGGAACUUUUGGUUUGUGUCAAUUUUGGUGGACAAAGUGUUUUUUACUGAUUGUUUAAUUAGUGUUUCUUGAUAAAUGAUCUCAUCCUGCUUUCUUGUAACAGGCAAACUUGGCACUCCUUGAGAGUCUUUGCCAUGGAAAUUAAACGGAAAAACGUUGAAUCAGCAGCAGGCAGUGAAUCACUUGGUGUGACACCUACCCCUGUAUGUGUCAGACAUUAAAAUAACUUUAUGGAAAAGGACACUUUUCUUGUUGGUGGUUUUGGUUGCCUUUUAGGUCAUAAAGAGGCAACAGUUUUAACUCCAGUCUGUUCAAAGACCAGCUUAAAACUCCUCACAGGAGCUUUAAGUUGUUACGACCAAGGCAUAGAUAACCAAACCAAUGUUUUAAGAUUAAAGCUACAGAUGAGAUGUUUGCGUCUAAAUGCAGCUUUUGUAAAAUCAUAGUUAUUUGACUGACUGAAGGAAGUAUUGGGAGCUUGAUAUCCGGUUCAGUUAUCUUGUUUUCAGACUCUGGGCAUGAUCUGCCCAACAGAAGGCCUUAGAGCUUAUAUCAAACAACAGGUAGGCAGUAGAAACCAAAAACAGAAGUCCAAAUGCUGUUUUGAUCCUGCUCCAUCACAGUAGGCAUGUUAAGAACACGUUGCAUGGAGGAGGAUUAUUGUUCAGUGAUUGGUGCAAACUGAAGUGUGUCAUUAAUGUAGUGUUGGUUUAUAGUGUUCUAAACAGGAGGUGUCAGCAUUGAAACGAUGUGCUGUGUCUCUGUUAUACGGUGUGUCCUGCAGGUGUGUGUGGUGUCUAUGAAGUAAACGUAGUCUGAUGUAUCUCUAGUGUGUAUGAGAAAGUUUGGCAUUGCAUGUGCACCGUUACACACGUGUAGAUUUCUGCCUUGUGUUUUGUGCAUGCGUUUUUUGUGUUUGUCUGUCGGAUACUGUAAAUGACCUCUCCUGUAUUAUAUCCCCUGUAGCUGUUUUAUUGUCUUAUAGAGGCCAGUAUGCCUCACCUCUUAAUUCCCCUUUAUUACUGAUGUCAUUUGUACCUUUUUCUCCUUAAAGACACUGUAAAUAGAAACUCAAAGACCAAAAUACACGACACACACACGUGCCUUGAUGCAUUCAGUAGUAUGUUUGUGUAUUGGUAACUCUUAACUAACUGGACUUACAGUAACUCUGUAUCUGUAAACAUGACUUUGAAAUCCUUGUUUCAUGCUUUUCUUUAUUAUUUACCUACAUGUGUUAUUUUUCCUACACAGUUCCUACCAUGUGUAUGUAUAGAAAGAUUCUCUAUUUUGUACUUUGUAUUUUUGUCUUUUCCUCUUGAUUAAAAAAUGUAAAAAUGU